UGGCCAUGUGGGGUCUAGCCGCCUUAACCACUAGCUCGACCGGUGGAAACCAUUUUGGAGAACUCUGGCCACUGUGUCAAAUAUGAAGGGUGGAAGAAAGGUUUUGCAUUUGCUCUUGAGUCUGGAACACUGCUCUGUCAUAGCGGCAUGGUUUCUUCUCAUAAACUAAAAUGUCACUUUUUAGGGAGGUUUUCCCAAACAUUCCAAUCUAAUAGGUACUUUAUAUCACAUCUUGUUUAAUUUAUUUCAGGGCCCCUAUCAAUAUCUGAACAGAUUUAUUUGUUCAUUGUCUUCAAUACACGACAACAUAAACUUUAUUAGGGGAGAACAUGUCUACUAGUAUCUUAUUUUCUGUUGUACUCCAGAGUUCCUUGUACAGUGCUAGGCUACGUAGCAAAUAAGAACUCAGCUUUAAAUAUUUAUCGAGUUAAAAGAGACGGGUCUGAAGAAUUUGGCAGAGGUGCAAAAUGAGAUACAAAAAAGGUGCAAAACCUGUAAAAUCAUAUACAGUGCUCGCGCCCUCUGCAGGCAAGAGGGGGUAGGUGCUUUAAGAAUUACCGCGGGAAACAGUAGGAGGAGCUCGCCAAGGCAGAAACGCUCGGACUACAACUCCCAGCAGCCAACAGGAGCCCAAGGGCCUGAUGGGAAUGGGAAACCUGACUUGUUGAGUCCGCGCCCCGCCCCUCCAUGGUCGCCCGCGAAAUCCGAUCGGGGAUGUGGAGGUCCAAUCAGAAGGUGGGUUCAAAUCCCGCGAGAGAAAGUGCGAGUAGCGACUCACCGUGCUAAGGGAGGCUGGAUUUGUUUCAUUGGUGUCCCCUGAUCGCCUCGCCUUCGUGGGGUCUCCUGCCCCCUCCCGGAAGAGGAAGGAAGGUACUGGUGGGUUUUUCAAUAACUGCUUACGGAUCCCUGAGAAGUUUGGAUCCCUCCCGGCUGCUCCGCGGGGCAGGCCGCGGGUAGCCAGAGGAAAGAGGGUUACCGGCCGAGGCCAGUGCCUGCUCCUCUUCUGCAGUAUGAAGACGCAGGAGGCGCCACUGUUAGCUCCGGACUGCCUUCCUGCAGAUCAGGUCCCAGCUGCUGCUAGUCUCCCUGCCCAGCCUUCCCCGAUGGAUGAAAACACGGACCCUGAACUAAUGCCACCGCCACCCGAUGGCGAUGAUCCUCCUCGGCUGUCCCCCGAACCCGUGGCUAGCUCAGCUGCCUCCCCGGAGCUCGGGGAGGUGGACCUAGCGGUCCACCUGGAAACGCAACCUGGUACUCCUAGUGAAUUGAACCCUCCAAUAGAGGAGCAAGAACUUUCCGAAAAUGCGAACCUUCCUGCAGAAGAAACGAACGGAAUGGAGUUAGGGUCUGGAGAAGCCGUGGAAGAUGGGCCUGAGGAACCCGCUCAAGAGGAUGAGGGAGACAUCACUUGGAACUACAGCUUCUCCCAGAUACCUCGAUUUCUCAGUGGAUCCUGGUCAGAGUUCAGCACCCAACCUGAGAACUUCUUGAAAGGCUGUAAAUGGGCCCCUGAUGGUUCCUGCAUCUUGACUAAUAGUGCUGAUAACAUCCUACGGAUUUAUAACCUGCCCCCAGAGCUGUACAGUGAGGGAGAAGAGGUGGAAUAUGCAGAAAUGGCCCCCGUCCUUCGCAUGGUAGAAGGGGAUACGGUCUAUGACUACUGCUGGUACUCCCUGAUGUCUUCGGCACAGCCAGAAACCUCCUACGUGGCCAGCAGCAGCCGAGAAAACCCCAUUCACAUCUGGGACGCCUUUACUGGCGAGCUCCGGGCUUCCUUUCGUGCCUACAACCACCUGGAUGAACUGACGGCAGCCCAUUCACUCUGCUUCUCCCCGGAUGGCUCCCAGCUCUUCUGUGGCUUCAAUCGGACUGUGCGUGUCUUUUCCACGUCCCGGCCUGGGCGGGACUGUGAGGUCCGAGCCACAUUUGCAAAAAAGCAGGGGCAGAGUGGCAUCAUCUCCUGCAUAGCCUUCAGCCCAGCCCAGCCCCUCUAUGCCUGUGGCUCCUACAGCCGCUCCCUGGGUCUGUACGCCUGGGAUGAUGGCUCCCCACUUGCCUUGCUGGGGGGGCACCAAGGGGGCAUCACCCACCUCCGCUUUCACCCCGAUGGCAACCGCUUCUUCUCAGGAGCCCGCAAGGAUGCUGAGCUGCUGUGCUGGGAUCUCCGGCAGCCAGGUCACCCACUGUGGUCCCUGAGUCGAGAGGUGACCACCAAUCAGCGCAUCUACUUUGAUCUGGACCCGACUGGGCAGUUCCUCGUGAGUGGGAGCACUAGUGGGGUGGUCCGUGUGUGGGACACCAGCAGGACCGGGGAUGAGGGGAAGCCGGAGCUGGUGCUGAAUUUUCUGCCCCAGAAGGACUGCACCAAUGGAAUGAGCCUGCACCCUAGUCUGCCUCUGCUGGCCACUGCCUCUGGUCAGCGGAUGUUUCCGGAGCCCACAGAAAGCGGGGAUGAAGGAGAGCAAGAGCAGGACCUUCCCCUGCUCUCCAUGCGGCACGUCCACCCUGAAUGUCGGCUCCAGCUCUGGUGGUGUGGGGGUAGCCCAGACCCCAGCAUCUCUGGUGAUCACCAGGGCCAGAAUGGACAAGGAGGGACAGAGGGAGGUGGGGGCGAGCUUAUAUAAAAAGGGUUUUUUUAUACCAUA